AAAAAACCCCUACACACCCCCCUGUAGAAAAAGCUGCAGUCCCAAGUCGCGUGUCGGCAUCCUGCUCACGACUAAGUCACCUGUAUCGGGCUCAUCGCCGCAACUUCCAACUUUCUCCUUGCCGACCGGAUAAUCAUCUAUGCCAAGUUCAUGAUUCUCUACUGGCUUUUCUCAGGAACACGCCCCCACCCCCCUCCAUCGGACCCCUAAAAACCCUUAAGCCUCCAUUUUCUGUCAAGCUAGGUUCUGAGGUUUGAUCCCUAUCCAAUCCAAGAGUUCGGACCUUGUUCCGUCUCCAUAUGCCACAUAUCAUUCGUCAGUGCCGACCCCUCACGUCCAUGAUUGCAAAGCCGAUCGGCAGGCCGACCCUGCAGUGGCUACGUCACUGCCUGAUUCAACUCCGUCCGGGUGGCAGGAAGAACAUCCUGCUGACCUUAUGUCAUAGCCUUCCAUCCAUUCGUUGCCGCCCCGCUGUUGGCUUGCCUACCUGACCAAUGCCGAGCAUGCGAAGAUCAUCAUCGGUUCCCGUUUCCGUCCACGCAUGACAACCUCGUUCAUGCACCGCUGCAGUCCCGCCCUCUAUCAUGGUCUAGCGAAGAGUAAGAAGAGUAAGUAGGUAAGUAGGUAUUUUCGUACACUUCUACGACGUCCCCUUCUGACGGAAAACGCGGCAGGUCUGCCUCGGCAUUACGCAUCCCUGACUGUCUACGAAUCCUCCAUGGUCCUUGCAACAAGUUCCAGGUUACAAGCUGUCUGGCGGUCUGUCUGGAAGUCCUUGGGAAUGAAUACCGUAUCCUCUCAGCAGAUUCGUACAGCGCACUGACCACGGGCUACUGGAAAGGGGUAAGCGGGCUGGCAGAAACAGGG